ACCACGGACUUAAAGAUCACAUUCAUCGUUAACGUGUACAGCUUAACAGCAGUAACGAGAAAUAGGAUGUUUCGAAUAGUUUUUGCCCUACCGUUUUUAUCUGGCGUACUGGCAGGGCAACUAAAUGGUUCAAAGGACCCGAAAGCUGAUGGGAGGUGUAGUUUCUGUUUGGCUAGGCAGUCAUGGAAAAGUGGAAUUGUGUUUCAGGAGAUAGGAAUCACAAAAUGAGAAUUAGGGUCUACUACCGCCACACGGCAGCACUCGGGUUCUUAUACCUGAGGUGGUUUGUCGUGGGGUGGGUGCGGCACCGCUCUGUAAUCAGCACAUGCUCCUUACCUCCUCCACUGGAAUACCGCUGCGUCCCAGACCCACUGGUAGCAGCAGGUGGUAGAGUAAGUAAUAAGAAAUCCUGUAAGAGGCCGGAAGGAGGAGUAUGAAAUGAAUCUAGACGAUUUUGACCGCUGUAGCCGUUUUGAGAGUUUUAAAGAGUCUUGGGAUCAUUACGGCUAUGGAGGUGACUUCGAAGGCAUGGUGCUAGCAGAGUUUUCCAGGAUUAAAGGAAUGACUUACCUCGAUCAUGCAGGGACAACAUUGUUUCCAGAGUCACAAAUUAAAGGAUUCUUCCAAGAUUUAUGUGGAAGUGUCUAUGGUAACCCACACAGCCACAACCCCAGUAGCAGACUGACUCAUGACACUGUGGAGCAUGUGCGCUACAGGAUCCUGCAACACUUCAACUCCAGUCCAGAGGACUACACUGUAGUCUUUACUGCAGGCUGCACAGCAGCUAUCAAGCUAGUAGCAGAAAGCUUCCCGUGGACUCCAGCCUCUUCUUUCUGUUACCUGACUGACAAUCACACUUCAGUGGUUGGCAUUCGUGGCCUGACAUCACCAAUCGGCGUAGCAUCCAUACCCAUCAGCCCUGAAGAGGUGGAGGGGAGGGCAGGUGAAAGAACAUGUCCGAAGGUGGGAAACUCCCAGGCGCCACACCUCUUCUGCUACCCAGCCCAGAGCAACUACUCCGGGAAGAAGUACCCUCUGUGGCAUGUCAAGGGCAUCCGUUCAAGAGAGCUGUACCCCUCAUGUACUCGGGAGGGCCAGUGGUUUGUGCUUCUUGAUGCAUCCAACUUGGUGGGUUGCUCACCCCUAGACCUACAGGAGUGUCCUGCAGACUUCCUUCCUGUCUCCUUCUACAAGAUGUUUGGCUUCCCUACUGGAUUAGGGGCCCUGAUCAUCCGGAACGAAUGCUUAGAUAUGCUAAAGAAAACCUAUUUCGGAGGAGGAACAGCCGCAGCCUACCUGGCUGGAGAGGACUACUAUGUACCAAGGUUUAACAUUGAUGGCAGAUUUGAAGAUGGCACCAUAUCCUUCCUGGACAUCAUUGCAGUAAAUCAUGGCUUUGAAGCCCUGCACAGGCUCACAGGGGGAAUGGAGAGGAUCCAGCUACACACAUUUGGCCUGGCUCGCCACACCUACAUGAUGCUGUCCUGCCUUCAGCAUAACAAUGGCCAGCCAGUGGCCAGGUUAUACUGUGACACUGAGUACCAGGACCCCAGCACCCAGGGACCCCUGUUAAACUUCAACCUGCUGGAUGCCCAUGGGGAUAUAGUGGGCUACUCUAAGGUCCAGAAACUAGCUAGCCUCUUUAAUAUCCAGCUGCGCACUGGCUGCUUCUGCAACACAGGAGCCUGUCAGCAUUACCUGGGCAUGAGCGACCAGCAGGUGAAAGCCAACCUCCAGGCAGGCCACGUGUGCGGUGAUGAUGUGGACAUGAUCGAUGGGUGGCCUACAGGCUCAGUGCGUGUGUCCUUUGGCUACAUGUCCACCUUCGGUGACAUCCAGCAGCUUCUAAGAUUUGUGGUGGACUGCUUUGUGCAGAAGCCAGUGAGGCUGGACUACAUCCGGCUGAACAGGCUGCACUCAGCUUCGACUUGCUCUGCGUUUGUGCGACACCCCCAGAGCCCCACAAGACUACAAAUCCCCAGCCCCAGUGGCACAGGGGAGGGCCUAGAAUUCUCCCAUAUGGCUGUGGCAUGUUCUCCCACACUAAGGACAAGCAAUUGUGAGAGAACCCUGAGCCAAAUUUUCAUAUAUCCGGUCAAAUCAUGUGCAGCAAUAGAGGUGACUCAAUGGGCAGUAGGACCCCUCGGCCUUCUUUAUGACCGACUCUGGAUGGUGGUCAACAUUAAUGGGGUUUGUUUGAGCCAGAAGCAGGAGCCUCGUUUGUGCCUGAUCCAGCCUAGCAUUCACUGGGCCUGCAAAGAGCUUUGUCUACACGCUACAGGAAUGAAACCUUUAUCCAUUCCACUAGAGGGCAAUAAACAGAACCCAGGUGUCAAGGUGUUUCAGAGUAAAGUGUGUGGGGACAGAGUUCAGAGUGUCGAUUGUGGUGAUGAAGCUGCUGAUUGGAUCUCUGAGUUUCUGGGAAAGCCCUGUCGUCUGAUUCAGCAGAGCCCUGGCUUCAUCAGAGGAAUGAAGCGAGACCAUGCAAAGCCGGUAGCUGGUCUAUCUCUGGUAAAUGAAGCACAGUAUUUGAUGAUCAACAUGGCCAGUGUCAAGUUCUUGAAGGAGCAUAUCAACGAGAGACAGGGCCCUGAGGCUGAAAACCUUGACAUCCAGCAGCUCAUUGCACGUUUCCGUGCUAAUCUAGUCGUCAUGGGUGCAGAACCAUUUGAGGAGGAUAACUGGAAGCAUGUGGUGAUUGGUGACCUAGUCUUCCAGGUGACGGACCUCUGCGCAAGAUGUCACAUGAUUGGGAUUGAUCAGCAGACUGCCACCCACAUGCCGGAGCCUCUAAACUCACUGUCUGCCUGCCGCAAGGGGAAGGUCACUUUUGGUGUGUACUUGGUCCGGCAGCACCAAUUGGACCUGGAUCAUACCUCUACCUUGUCUGUAGGAUGUCCAGUUGUCCCUCAGUCACCUUGAGGAGAUUAAAGUGCAGCUGCUCUAAAAGUAUUAUUGAUACUUGUAUUGAUUUUUUAAAAUUAAUCACUCUCAUCUUGUUUCAGUACAUUGAGUGAUACAAAUUUAACAGCAGUACUGAACCCCGCUGAUGACAAUGUUGUGCCAACUCUUGUAUGUAAUAUUUGUUUGCAUGCAGUCUGCAUAGUUUACAUAUUUUACCUGGAAGACAAAGUAAUAAAGCUUUCUCCAAUUUUAAAAAAGCUAAAUGAAUAGCACAUUUGUAUUUUCACACAAAAAACCCAGUCAGGAACACACUUAUGUUACGGCUGCUUUUUCCUUCCUUGUUCUGUUAUUCACUUUUCCCCCAUUAUCAUUUGUAUUUUUCUGCUCUUUCUGAUGCCAAAUGUUUCCCAUCUUACUUUCUAUUGUUUGUAUUAAGGGUCUCCACAGAAGUUACCCCAUAUUGGAGCUUCAUUACAGGUGUAAUGGCAGUGAUUACAUUAAGUUUACUUUUA